AAGGGACCUUAAAAUUGGUUAAUCCAAAAUUCCAAAUAGUAUUAAAAGAAAUUGAUUUGCUCAUUGACUUGCUAAUUAAACUCACACAUUUCUCACUCCAAUGGAGCUUCAAUAUUUCUUCUUAGUAGCUGCAACUUCCCUAGGUUUCAUCUCCGUAACCAAACAAAUCUUCACAUUCUUGAAAUGGGUCUGGGUCAUGUUCUUGAGACCGCCCAAGAAUCUCAAAAAACAAUACGGAUCCUGGGCAAUCGUCACCGGUUCCACCGACGGGAUCGGCAAAGCCCUCGCAUUCGAACUGGCAUCAACGGGUCUCAAUUUAAUUUUAGUGGGUCGAAACCCGACAAAACUUGAGUCCACCACAACCGAAAUUCAAGAAAAAUAUAAUCAAACCCUAAUCAAAACAAUCGUUCUUGAUCUUGCGAAAACGAGCGGAGAAGAGAUUGAAAAUGCGAUUAAAACUGGGAUUGAAGGGUUGGACAUUGGGAUUUUGAUUAAUAAUGCGGGAUUAGCGUACCCGUAUGGGAGAUUUUUUCAUGAGGUGGAUUUGGAGUUGAUGGAGAGUGUGAUUAGGGUUAAUUCGGAGGCGGCGACUUGGGUUACCAGAGGGGUGAUUCCGGCGAUGUUGAGGAAGAAGAAGGGUGCAAUUGUUAAUAUCGGGUCGGGUUCGUCUGUGAUUAUUCCUAGCUAUCCGUUGAAUGCGAUUUAUGCUGCUACUAAAGCGUACCUAGCAAUGUUCUCAAAAUGCAUCAAUUUAGAGUACAAGCAGCAGGGAAUUGACAUUCAGUGUCAGAUUCCGCUAUUUGUGGCGACGAAAAUGACAAGGAUGAGGAAAUCUAAUUUGUUUGUCGCGUCCCCUAAGAUGUAUGCAAAAGCAAGCCUAAGAUGGAUUGGGUAUGAGAAAUUAUGCACACCCUUUUGGUCACAUUCUGUGCAGUGGUUGAUAUUGCAAGCAUUGCCGGAAAGUCUAAUAGAUCGGUCUCUUUUCCGGUACUAUCUCGGUCUGCGCAAGAAGGCCAUGGAGAAGGAACAAAGAAGAGCUAAAACAGAGAACAUGUAAUCACAGUGGCAGGGUGGAAUGUGCUUUAGGGUUUCUGCAAAUACUACCUUAUGUUAGCAAGUGAAGUUGAUGAAAAAAAUAUUGGUAUUUACAGCUAUCUGGUUUCCAAGAUUGAUCAUGCAAUCUUAAUGGUUGAUCAUAUCUAUACUCCUAUAGUAGGUCUCAAAGAAAUUAUUUUGUACCUGAUGUGAAAUAAAGUAGAAUGAAAAAUAAAAUAGCAUCAAAUAUUUAUAUAAAGUAUCAAUUUUUAAUUCA